UCCCAUAUCCUGUGAUGUCACAUAAUCCCUAAGUGUCCCAACCCGAACUUCCUGUCACACUUGAAAGCCAUUCCAAGUUGGCUCUUCUAUACUUCAGCCAAAGGCCUCCUAAGUUGUUUACGUCCUUGUGUAUGCACAUGCAAGGACUUGUGUAUUAACAUGUCCCUUCUUAACGUGAACUUGGGCCAAAGGCUGGCUUCCUGUGCAGAGCAGGCUGGGAAAAGUCAGUUUUAGGAGAGGAAGUGGCAGAGAGAGGGGCCCGAGGGUCUGUGACCAAUACUGAGCCAGUCCUGUGAGGCUGAUGCCACAGUGGCAUGCUCCUUGAGUGGUGUCCCCUCCUUGUCACCAAGGGACAGUGCUGGGGGAGCCACAUGGCCACUUACCCGCUGUAGGCACCCCCCACCAGAGUUCCUCCCAUACUUUCUCUGUGAGCUGGGCUAGCUCUGAGUUAGCGGGAGGCCCGUGGGGUCAGCUGUGCAGCUGCCGGACUCUUUCCCACAGAACUCUGAGGAGGGCCUGCCCAAUCCACUCUAAGUGCCCGUGGCGAUCACUCCCGAGGACACAGAGCCCUCACGCCGCCUGCUGUCUGCCGCUGGCGCACACCUGUGCCUCCAGGGGUCCCUCUGCCUGCUGCUUCCUGGGCUCCCGGCAUCGACAGACACGGGCACUCGCGCUCAUGGAGAUUCUGCAUGGCCUGUGCCAAGGGGCUGCACCGCGCACCUCCCUGCAGGGACAGAGGCCGCUGGGCGUCAGGGAGGUCUCCGUGCUCUGCCGUCCAACCCCCUGGACCAAAGCUCAGCCUGCAGGUGACAGAGACCAGGGAUGGUUGCCGCCGGCAGCACCUCAGGGCCUGGCUCUGCCCGCAUCUCACCGUGUGACCUUGUGGAGUAGCUGUGACAGCUUUCCCAGAGGAGUCUGGAGAAGAAAAUAUGGAAGGAAUGUGCCAUAAGCAGAAGGAAUGAAAGCGGAACAGUCGUGAAGCAUGAAGCUCCAAGGAGAGGUCGAGGCCAGCUGUGAGCCAGGCAGACCGACGUGACAGGGAGUUGCAGGGAGGAACACAUGGUUCUCAAAGAAUGGAACGGAGGCCCUGGGGGUUCCCUGAGGCUCUUGCUGGCGUCUGGGAGGUGCAGCUUCUGGAAUGGAAAAGAAAUGAUGUUUAUUUUUCUCUGUGUUCCGGCACAGUACACGCCCUUGCUCACUGGACCCCAUGAGAUUGCGGGGUGGGCACUGUUACCCGCCCACUUCCUAGACAAGAAAACUGAGGUCUGGAGAAGCCCCAGGAGCUGCGGGUUGGUCGUAGUUUGUAAUCCCAGUGAGGCUGAGAGUCACCAAGCUGACCCCAGUGAGGCCAAGAGUCACCAAGAUGACAUCUUUAUUGCCCUUGACGGAGGAGAAGAGGAGAAAGCUGGGGAGGGGGCAGGUGCAUUGGUAAAGGUUCCCGAAGAAACGGAACCACUAGGUUCCUGGUGAGCCUUCUGUUCUCUCCGGGCCCACAGGGGAUUGGAACAGGCCCACCACCCACUCUGGGAGGGCCAUCUGCCUGACUCCGUCCGCUGCUUCACACGUCAGUCUCAUCCAGAAGCACCCAGAGUGAGGCUCACGGAAUGCCUGGGCCCUACGAGGCCUGCCGAGUGGACAGGUACUGUGCAGGUGCCUUUUCUGCCUUGAACACAUACAGCAUUGCCGUGGGUGCGUCCACCAGUGACCGUCCCUGCCCACAGCCCUGGUGCCUGAGGCCCUGGGUUCCAUCUGGAGCUGCCCUACGGCCAUGUUUGCUCCGGGAAAGAUAGCCCACCAGAGAGCCCCCUAUGCAGAGGCUACCUGAGGCCUUAUGGCCGGUACAACCCAGCAUCCAGCUGUGACCAGACAACCAGAAGCUCUCUGGGUCAUAGGACUGCAACUCGGAAACGAAGACUCACUGGUCAGCUGAGUUGAUAGAAGGUCAUGGCCUCAUCUGGGGCUGAAGCACAAGGGAGCAGAGGCCAGGACUGGAGGACGAGCCAGGUAUACAGACUGAGGCAGGGUCCUCUGUGAGGCCUGGAGACCCUCAGGUGAGGGCUGGUGCUCUGAGCUGCUUCCGGACACUGUCCUCCAGCUUCAGCGCCGACCUGACCUUAAAGUGCCACAUUCCUGUGAUAAUGGGAGAGAGUCCCUGACAACCAGUGAGUGGCACUGUGAGCUGACACAUAGCCCAGCAUCAAGGGGACACAAAAUAAAAUGAAGGUCAGCUAGGCCAGGUGCUGAGGCAGAGCACCAGACCAUUGGAGGCCACUCAGAGGGUCUCCUUGGCCAGCCUGAAGGACAUGGACCUGCUGCUCAUCCUCCCCAAUGUGGAGCCGUCUUCAGCAGCCUGUCCUGUCUGCACCAUUGCUUCCUCUCUCCAGGGCUGAGGGCAUCACUGACCAUCUAUUUGCCAGAGUAUUAGAAGGACAAGGACCAUCUUUGUCAGGGCUGUCUCCAGUAUCAGCUAGAAGAGAGGAAAACCUCUUCCCAAGAAGCCACCAGCCACCAGCCAGGGCAGCCUGCCUCCCUGGGGCUCCCACCAGCAGCCUGCAGGACCCCCCACGCCCGGGGGCUUUCCAGAGCUGUGAAGUUCCCCUUCUGGGGCUGUCCUCCCCCUGGCCUCUGAUGUGCCCCGCCCCCUGCCCCGCUCCCGGCAAAUUAUCCUUCAUCUCCUAUCAGUUCUGACCGCACAUUCUCUCCCUUGGGUCCACGCUUUGUGUUCCCACGCCUGCAGGCCUCCCUCCCCUCUGCCCAGCCAGCUCCAUGCUGUCCUGCAAGAAGGUCCCUGGGAAGAGCUCUGGACUAGUGUCCCAGACAGGAGUGAGCCGGGGGAGAUGUCAGAGGCGAGGACGCAGGCCCAGGACACGGAGGCACACCCCAGUCUCCAGACAGAGGGAGCCAGGACGGAUGGCUGUGGGCGGGCCGAGUGAGUCAAGUGGCAGGGUUCACACACCACACAGCCCCUUUAUUCACCAAUUGUUUGUUUAUUCACCAAUCGCUCGUGGGUUCCCGGGGAAUGAAGCACACAGUCCUUGUGCCGGACAAGAGUGUCACUGCAGUUGGAACAGGUAUGUCCACCUGUCUGUCCUGUCUGUGCCCCACCCCCAUCACUGCACAUGCAGGGCCCAACAGCUGCAUCUGCUGGCGGACCCCCACCCCCCCAGGGGAGUGUCAGCCUGCCCCUUGCUGCUCUGGCCAACUGCAGCAUUUAGGGACCAGGGCUGAGAUAGAAAUACCUUGAAUCGGGAUAAUUUGUUUCCAUACGUCGUGGACCAGUGGAGUGACUAAGUUCUGCAAGGGUGGAAAUUGUGUCCCUGUUUCCACCUGUGGGUCCCGAGCAGCUGGUGCAGACCCACUUCAGAGGGGUAGACGGGUAGAUGAAUGAUGAGUGAGUGAGUGAUGAACCCAGACACCUGAGACCCGUGUUCUCAGCUGGCCGGCAAACAGCCCAACAACGUGAGUGCAGGUGGGUCCUUGUAAGAGCUGUACAGAUUCAGCAGAAAUGUGAGCGGGAGGGCGCGUGGCCUAACGCAGGACUCAGAACAGGGUCCUGGUCUCCUGAGGCAGAGGAUUUGUGGGGUGGCCCCUGGGGGCUGAGGUGGGAGGAGGUGGGGUGGCCCCUGUGCGAGCAGCCCGGAACCAGGCCCUAAGAGAGAAAGGGGGCUCCCUGAGGCCCCUAAACCCCACACCGCGUGCCCCUGGGAGAAUCUGCCCAUUCACACGUUCGCUGCCUCACUCAUGCCACCGUUCCUGCCUCAGGCCUCAGCCCAUCACAGAGCCCAGGGCCCUCAAACGUCAAAAAGCACCAGCUGGAACGAUUGUUCUGGAAUUUUUUAUUUUAUUUUAUUUUUUGGUGAAGUAUAUGCACAUUUGGCUGCACUUGGUAACGCGCCGGCGCCUAUCUCAGGCAUGGAAGGUGAGAAGCACACCAGCCAUGGUCAGCGAGCGGGGCUUGCGGAGCGGCCCCGGACCUGAAGCCCCGGGAACGAGCCCUCCGGCUUCUGGAGGAGUCCAGGCUGCCCGCCACACGUUGGUGUGGGUCGCGGCCUCUCUGGGCCCUGUGUCUGGGUGUGCUCGCACACGGAGCUGCAGGGUGGUCUGGGGACGCUGUGUUGUGGGGACGUGGACCCCAGGGGUCUGCUGCCUGGACAGGCCGCCUGCCGGAGCGUUCGUGGCGCCGAAUGCAGAUUUAAGGCACGUGUUUCUGGUCCCCACGGUAAAGCCUGGCGGGCUGGUGGCAAAGUACAGAAGGCCUCCCAAUGACAUGGUAUUGACUUGCCCUGGGAGAGGCGGGAGCCUGCGAUGGAGGGACGGAGCCCUCCCUGCUGCUGUCCUGCUGCUGUCCUGCCGCUGGACCGCUUGUCCCACUCGGAGCCGCAGACUAGGGAUUUCCUCUUCUAUUUUUACUGCGAAGUGUGCACUGGUGGAAGGCGUUAGGUUUGGGGAUGCUUUUUCCCCUUGGAGUUGCUUGGCUGCAUGUGAAGGUAGUUCUCAGCCUUCGCAGCCCGUGGAGAUUCUGAUAAGGAAUCAAAAACCCCAUCAUCGCCCGUUUUUAUUACUCCGGUUAAUACAAAGCCGGCAGGCCGGGCGGCCUGUGCAGCUGAGGAGGCCUGUAGGAAUGGCGCUGGUGGGCUCUCUGGGGCUGAGGGACGGGAGCAGGACUGGAAGUGGGGUGCCGCGGGCUCUCUUCCCCACUCCCCCAGAGGGUGCAGGGCUGUCCUGCAUCCCCAGGGGGUGGCAUCCACCAGCCUCCGAAUCUCAGAACUGGGCUGAUGGGGGAGCCAGCCCUCAGCCCAAGAUGCCCGUCAGACUCACUACGGCCCCUGGACUUCAGGCUUCUCUCACAGCUGGGGUUUCCUGGGUUUGCUUCUCAAGGUGGGGAGACCCACCAGACGGGUCCUGCUAGGCUGGACUGGAAAAUUGGCUACACCCUGACCUGGGCUCCCAGGAGCAUCUACCCACCCCCGCCCCCACUGGGGACCUCGGAGAGUCGGGGGAAAGCCAUUCCACACUGGAAGCCCCGGCUGGCUUUGAAAGAGGAGGCCACUCAUGUGCCAACGGUGGGGAGGGGGCAGGCCUUGCUGAGGGACACCGGCUGGUGUGGGAGCCGCAGUGGCAGGAACCCCAUGCUGGGCUCAUGGGGCCUGAGCAGAAUGUCUUCAUGACAGGGCCAUUCUUUUUCUUUUUCUAAAAGAUUUUAUUUAUUUAUUUGACAGACAGAGAUCACAAGUAG